GCUAAUUGUAUUCAAUAUGGAGGUCGGUAGUGACUAUUUGUCAUAUGUCAGAUCAGCACUGCUAGUGUUUCUUUGGUAUUAGUUCCUAUCUGAACAUGCUCUGUCCGCAAAUUGAUUGAUAGCAAGAAAUUCGAAGCAUUCCUCAAAAGAGGUACAACGUAAUGUCGCGGUAAUUUAUCCAGGGCUUGUGUUGGAAACACGACCGUGGAUGUUGGAACUGAGCUGGGUUGGAGCAGCGCGAGAGAGGGGAGAUACGUCUCAAGGCUCAUGGCCAGGUUAUUUUACUAAGAUGUCGGUACCGGGGUUGAAGAUGCGCUCGGACUGAAGUGGGUCAAGCCAGCUAGGUAGUCUUUGUGUUUCAAGUGUGGACAUUGUGCUGGGCCAUUCCCCCAGGGCGCAGGGACCGCUGUCAAGAAUAUGUGAUGCUAUAAGAACUCAGCUGCAAGAUUCCUUGCCAGGCGUCAAAAAUCUUUGCGCCCAAAAGUGUCUAGAUUUUUAUUACGCACCAUGCCGAACAGUUUGAAGGAAUUAGAGGUGGAAUGGCGUUGCUAAAUAUCUAAUUAACUCUAUUUGAUGUUCAAAGCGAAUCUGUCGAGCGAAAGCAGGCACGGUUUCAGCGAUAGGGACACGAGAACGGUUGGUUCCAUGCUACCAGUGCACGGGAUGUAAUGUUCGUAAAGCAAGCAUUGAUUUUCUAGGAUUUUCGCCCGCCUCAAAGUCUUUAAACAGCGGGCAUAUCUACAUGGACAGUGUGUGUUUCUGAGGAAUCAAAUUUUAACGGAUGGAAUGGGGUAUGGGUGAAAAUACAUGCCGGUAGAACGCAUGGCUAAAUCCAUGCAUGAGAUUGUAUAUUGAUUGGGACUGUGAAUUGGUCGAUUGGCACAUGUCUUGGUGGAUGACCAAGAGGAGGGCUCGCUCGCCUUGUUGUCGCUGGUACUCUGUUUGGGGAGGGUUACGCCUUCAGACACAGAUUUCAAAGGCUGUUAAAGAAAUUAACUCGUGAUUGUAAUGAUGGCUCACCGAAACAGCACGAAGCGGUCGGAAUCCCUGCCGAACACUUUACCAGGUGCAAUGUUUGGAAACGGACAACACAGCGCCGAGGAUAACCCAAACUACUUGGUGUAUAAGAAGAUGGAAGCAAUAGUUGACCGGAUGCAGGAUGAAGCAACAGGAGUUCCAGUCAGGACCGUCAAAAGCUUCAUGUCCAAAGUGCCAAGUGUAUUCACAGGUCAGGAUCUGGUCAGCUGGAUGAUGAGGAACCUGGAUGUGGAGGACCAAGUGGAAGCACUUCACCUGGCCCAUCUAAUGUCUGCACAUGGCUACUUCUUCCCAAUAGACGACCAUGUGCUCUCCGUCAAGAGUGACAACACCUACUACAGAUUCCAGACUCCAUGUUUUUGGCCCUCUCGCUGUGGAGAACCAGAGAAUACUGAUUAUGCUGUUUAUUUAUGCAAGAGAACGAUGCAGAACAAGCAAAGGCUGGAGCUAGCAGACUACGAGGCUGAAAACUUAGCACGAUUACAAAAAAUGUUCUCUAGGAAAUGGGAAUUUAUAUUCAUGCAAGCUGAAGCACAGGCCAAAGUGGACAAAAAGCGUGAUAAAUUGGAACGCAAGGUGCUAGACAGUCAGGAGAGGGCCUUCUGGGAUGUGCACAGGCCAGUUCCUGGUUGUGUCAAUACAACAGAGGUGGACAUCAAGAAGGCUUGUCGCAUGAACCGCCACUCAAAGAUCACAAGAGUUGGAAGCCUGGAUAUGAGGACUACAAAUCGUGUUUCUCUGCAGCCUAAUUACGCAGUACCUGGGGGAAGGAUAAGCCCCAGUGUCUCCGAGGCUGAUCUUCACAACCCUACAGACUCCAUACGAAGGGAGAUUGAUGCUCUACGAAGGAAAUUAGAGAAAAGAAGAGUGAAAAUAUCAAAAGUCACAGAAAGUUACAUGGCUUACUAUGAGCAAUACGCAGAAUAUGAUGCCUUCAUAACCAGCCCCGAUCCGACCAAUCCCUGGAUCUCAGAUAACAUGGAAUUCUGGGAGACAGAAAAAUCAUUAAGCGGUCGUGACAUCCCACAGCGCCGAGUCAAGAGGUGGGCGUUCUCUGUGGAAGAACUACUCAAUGAUACAGCAGGGAGGGACCAGUUCAGCAAAUUUUUAGACAAGGAAUUUAGUGGCGAAAAUUUAAAAUUCUGGCUGGCAUGUCAAGAAUUGAAGGGACUUCCAAUGCGGGAGGUGAAUAAGAAGGUGCACGAAAUGUUUAGUGAGUUUUUGGCUCCCGGUGCACACAACCCGGUGAACGUCGACUGCCAGGUCAUGGAGCUGGUCAGACGCAGGGUAGAAAAUAGUCCCACACGAUUCUGCUUCGAUGAAGCUCAGGACCAUAUAUUCAAGCUGAUGAAGAGUGACAGCUACAGCCGCUAUCUUCGCUCUGAUAUGUACAAGGAAUUUUUAAGUGGGACCCGGAAGAAACAGACCAGGUCCAUUAUCCCCAAGCUUCCAAGUCUGAGCAUCGGUGGAACUUGAUUGUAGCUGUGUACGACCACCACUGCCUGCCAUCCCGCCCAUCUGUACAAACGCCUGUCCGCCCGCCCGCCUGCCAAAACAUGCACUUUUCUUCUAUUUGCUUUAAAGCACUCCACAUCUUACUACACUCACUCUUGGAUAUGAUUGGUCCAUAUAUUUUCCUCUCUGCUUGACUGACCAAUCACCAGCCUCUUCACUGUUCUCUUCUCACAUCAGCAUUGCAAAUGAAUGGAUGUUUCCAAUUGGUCCAGCUAAAAUGGCCUAACUAUUUGAUUGGCUGGAUUCUGCUUUUGCUGUGACUAGCAUGUGCACUGUUUGACACCAGUUGCUCGUAGCGCUUCUUAGUUCUCUCUCUGCGACUAAUACUCCUUGCUUUUUUGCUGUUUUCAGAGCAAAAAACGGCUAGAAAUAAGAAAGGUGUAAGACUGUAUGGGGACUCCUAACACUGACGUGUAUGAUGGCUUGUGUGGUGGAAUUCAUGGACCCAUGCAGUGUGUUUGAAGUACCUGUCUAAUGUGCAUGCUAUACGUCUGCUGCCAAGUGACCCUAAGUCUCGGCUGUGCCUGGUGGUGGUGCUGGUGGUGGUGAUGUGUCAACAUUCUGCUAAUGUACAUGUCUUCAUGCAUAAAGUGUACAUGUCUUGUACUCAAACUCUGUGGUACGGUGAGGUACUGUGCACAGAGGUACUGGAAUGGUACCUUAAGAUAUUACCGCUUGGUACCAUUGGUAACAAUUGGAAACAGUAUCCCUCAAAUUAUGAUGCAAAUAUAGAACGUGGAUGGUUCCAUGAAUGGUUCUUAAAAUCCUUCUGGAAGACUUCUUGGUUGAGUGUUAGAAAAUUGGUUCAGAUGUAUUCCUGUGAUGUCGUGACAGUACCAAAAACAGGUGACAAUGUACCAUUCAUGUUCAUAACGAAUGUAUCAUUCAACAAAAAUUGAAUUAAAAAAAUGAACAAUGUAA